AUGACGGAGCACAUGAACUUUCUCAGCGACGCCGCCCACCUCCUACGCGCGACGGCACCCGAGACGUCAGCAUGGCUCAUGAGCCGCAGCCACGAGCUCUCCCUCAGCGAAGGCCUCCAGCAGACCGACGUCCAACGCCAGCGUGCCUGCGCCGCCUGUGGACUCAUCAUGAUCCCCGGCAUGGGCAGCAGUGUCAAGAUGGAGACGGACAGAACGAACCCCAAACGUCAUAGGCCCGCCAAAAAGGCAGCAGACAGGAAGCGUAACACCAAGGUUACAGGAUUGAGAAAGGUCCUGCAGUGUGGCCACUGCAUGGAGAAGACGGUCAUCAAGCUGGAGCCGCCCCCAUCGGCCAACAGGAGCAGGAAACAGCUCAGACAACAGAAGACGUGGGCGGCAACCGAGACGCAGGCUCAUGAGGCUACUGGUGCAGUGAAGACGGGUGGCAGUGCGUCCACGACAAGCAGCAAGGCCUCGACACCAACACCAACAACGUCGUCGGCCAACGCCAGCAGCAAGAAAAGGGCCAAGAGUCGCAAGGCAGGCCUGCAGGCACUGCUGGACCAGAACAAGAACGCCAAAGGGUCGCGCAGUCUCAGCUUGGCCGACUUUUCCAUGAAGAGAUGA